UGAGAUGAGUAUAUUUGAAACAGAAUGAGAACUGUGUUGUGUUUCGACUUGCAAUUAAAUUUAAAAUCAUUUUGAUUUUCCAAAUAUUGCGCUAGAAUUGAAUACAUAUUUUUUGAUUGUUCUUUAAUUCAUUUCUUUUUCGUACGACUGUGGUUACUUUUUGUAUUGGAUUGCUACUGCGUUGUUUGUUUUGAUCUGUGCUUUCAACAGUUAUUACGUCUAAAAUAAAUUUGGGAAAAUUUUGCUAGUUUUGAAUUCCUCAUCUACGUUAUGGAUAAAUCACCGUCUACUAGCAAAAGCUCGAAGAAAAAUUUCGAUUUAACUUCGCCCGGAGGAUCGCCAAUUAUGCUUAACGGGAAUACUGCUGAUUAUAGUCAAAGUGUAGACCCACGUUGCGUGUUUUGUCGUUCGGAAAGAGACGAUGAAGUGAAAUAUGGAGAGUUGUUGAGCUCAGAGGGCAUAAGAGUUCACUAUAAUUGUCUUCUCACAGCGAGUAUUUUGGCUCAGAAGCUGGAAGAGGAUGAGGGCGUGAGAGGCUUCACUGUUGGGAGUAUACGACAUGCUGCCCGCAAUGCGCGUAAAGAGACAUGUGUGUACUGUGAGAAGACGGGGGCAGUGAUUGGGUGUUGUCAGAGGAAGUGCAACCGCUUCUUCCACUUUCCCUGUGGACAGAAUAACAACUGCAUCUCUCUCUUCUACGGCACAUUCAACUCCUACUGCCACGAACACGCAAACACCAUGCGACAUGUCAAGCCACCGGAGAACGACAACUGCUGCCCUGUAUGUGUAGAGGAAUAUACUCCUGAAGACUCUCUGUUCCAAUCUGAAUGUUGUCCUACUGUCAGUCACAUGGACUGUAUGCGUCAGUAUUCCUACAACGCCGGAACCUACGUUCUAAAAUGCCCCUUCUGCCAAGAUGACAAGAAGUUCGUAAAGUGCAUGCUGGAGUUCUCGUGUAUCUACAUUCCUACUAGGGAACCACUCUUCGAAGACCAUGACCGUAUGACGAUGGAGCUAGACUGCUGUUAUGAUGACUGUCCAGAACCAGAAAGGUGUGAGAACAACGAUAUCUGGUCCCUGAUCAAGUGCACGUUAUGUGGCAGCAGAGCAAUGCAUGUGUGCUGUGUGAAGAAACAGCCAGACCAGAUGUUCAUUUGUCCAGACUGUGGCUACGAUGAGUCAUGGCAUGAAGAGAUGCGAGUGAGGCUGAGAGUGGGCCAGACAUCUGGAAGAGCGUACAAGUUUCAGUUGAGUUACUUGACCACCAAGUUCCUAGGAAUUGCUCUGAAGGAUCCGACGAACGAAAAGAUCACCAAGUCAGGGCGCUGUUCCCGACGCUACCAAGAAAAAUGUGAUAUGCAAAUAAGAACAGCGGCUGUGAAGCUGGAAUCUUCCAAGAAAGAAAAAGCAUGGAGCGAAAGUGAAGAUGAAGAUGAAGAUGACGAGGAGAGAGAACUGAAGGAGAAUAAAGACUCAAGAAUAACUGGAUCAGGCUCGAAGGGAGGAAAACGGAGGCGAACUGCGACUGAAAAUUUGACCGAACAGACAAAUAAGCCGAAGAGGGCAAGAACUUCAAAGAAAGGAAAAUCUUCGAGUGUAAUAUCAUCAGCUGAUACCGUGUCAGCUAUCAAUUCUGACGUAUCGACAGUUUUGACUGAUGCAACCAACAAAAGCGAUCAACCACCAGCGGAAAUAGCACCAGUUAAAGAAAAGAAAAAGAGAGGUCCCCCUAAGAAAAAGAAGACGGACUUAGAAGCUGCAAAGAAACAAGAGACGCCUAGCUCGGGCAUUUUUGAUGAUUUUGACGUUCCUGACUGUAAUAUUGGAAAGUUGAUCAAACCAUGUGAAAUAGCGUUUAAACAGAAAGAUAAAGGAUUGGAUCAUUUCGGAAUUAACUAUUUGAAGCCACAGAAAUGCAAGGAGUGCAACCCACCUGCAAAAAGCUUCAAACUCGGAGAUUCGCCGUCAUGAGAAGUCCUCUGACAAAAUGAAUCAAUUGAAAUAUAACUGAGUACUCCAUUUUGAAACUUGUUUUUGAACUUCGUACCUAAAACGCAUUCAACGGUGCAGUUUUCAUUAUUUGAUGCCUAAUUAUUGCUUCAAUCAAAAAUUGCAAAUUCUUGCGUUUAUUUUAGAUUGAUUUUGUUAUUUGGUUUUUGCAUAAUUUUGAGUGGAAUUUGUACUAACAAUAUAGUAUUUCAAUGUUCAAAAUGCGAAUUGUUGAAAGAUGAUGUUUUGCCGAACAAGCUAGGUAAUAUGAUGUGCCACGUUCUAACUCGCUCCAAUUAUUUUUUGUUGCGCCAAUUUACUCGAUAUCGUCAGGGGAAAAAGUGAGUCAAAAACGUAGUUUUAACAUAUGACUGAAACCAUUUUGUCACUGCCUUACUAAAGCUAAAGCUGAAAAUAGAAUACGUAGAAUAAUGUCACAAGUUAGCUAUGUUUUGAGACUUCUAUCAAUACUGACCAAAACGUCUGUUUCUGUUUUACAAAUAAGUCAACAGCCUAAUGAAAAUGUUCUAAUGGAUCGUUGUGAGUUUUUGAUGAAUUUAACU